ACCAUUCUGCUUUUGAAUUGAUCGUUCGUUCGUUCGCUCGCUCAUUCAUUCAUCCGUUUUAUUCAUUCUUUUUUAUUUCUUAACAUAACAAUAAAAUAAUAGUAAUAAGAAAACAUGGUGUUUGCAAACAAAACAUAUGGUGUGGCGACACCUGCAGACCGGUUUGCACAGGUUAUUAAGAAGAGACCAGUUCUUUUUUUCGGACUACCCUUCUUGCUUACUAUCGUCGGAGGAUCCUUUGUUCUUUCAGAACUUACAGCCACCAAAUAUAAUGUCCAUGACCAUCGAACAAAAAAUAUGUCAAAAGAAGAAGGACUGAAAUUGUCCAAGAAUAGGAGAAAACUCGAUCUACAGGAAGAAUACUGGAGAUUGCAGUCGCGGGAUAUUGAUGAUAAUUGGGAGAUCAAACGAGUCAGCUCAGAAGCAGCGCCUGGAGUGACAACCUCACCCAAGAUGACAGCUCCACCUUCAGAGCCAUCAUCACCAUCAUCGCCAUCAUCAGGAUCAAAUUAGGUUGAAAAAAGCGACCUUUUUUUCAUAUAUGUUUUGUCUUUUUUAUAUAUAUAUGAAAAAUAAACACAGUAG